GUAAACAUCCUUCUAAUGACAAACAGCAAUGGUGCCUUAGGAGGGGACCGACAGUCUCCCAAACCGGCUCCUUCUCACGGCUCUCGGGAGAACGGUUUGAUUUGGAAAUCUAUGUUGGCCGUCCAGAAUAUGAAAUUUGGCAUCUUCCUUUUGUGGUGGGGAUGGAUUCUGGCCGCUGAGAGCACAGCGCACUGGCCAGGAAGAGAAGUUCAUGAGCCAUCUAGGAAAGGCAGCAGACCUCAGAGACAGAGACGAGGAGCACACGACGAUGCCCACAAGCAAGGCAGCCCAAUUCUGAGACGAAGCUCUGACAUCACCAAGUCACCUCUCACCAAGUCAGAGCAGCUGCUGAGGAUAGAUGACCAUGAUUUCAGCAUGAGGCCUGGCUUCGGAGGCCCGGCCAUUCCCGUGGGUGUGGACGUGCAGGUGGAGAGCCUGGACAGCAUCUCCGAGGUCGACAUGGAUUUCACCAUGACGCUCUAUCUGAGGCAUUACUGGAAGGAUGAGCGGCUGUCUUUCCCGAGCACCAACAAUCUCAGCAUGACAUUUGAUGGCCGGCUCGUAAAGAAGAUCUGGGUUCCCGACAUGUUCUUUGUGCACUCCAAGCGCUCCUUUAUCCACGACACCACGACAGACAAUGUCAUGCUGCGGGUACAGCCCGAUGGGAAAGUGCUGUACAGCCUCAGAGUCACAGUGACGGCGAUGUGCAACAUGGACUUCAGCAGGUUCCCCCUGGACACGCAGACCUGCUCCCUGGAAAUUGAAAGCUAUGCCUACACAGAAGAUGACCUCAUGCUGUACUGGAAAAAAGGCAACGACUCCUUAAAGACAGAUGAGAGGAUCUCCCUCUCCCAGUUCCUCAUUCAAGAAUUCCACACCACUACAAAACUAGCCUUCUACAGCAGUACAGGCUGGUACAACCGUCUGUACAUCAACUUCACUUUACGUCGUCACAUCUUCUUCUUCUUGCUCCAAACCUACUUCCCUGCCACCCUCAUGGUCAUGCUGUCCUGGGUGUCCUUCUGGAUCGACCGCAGAGCUGUGCCUGCCAGAGUCCCCUUAGGCAUCACCACGGUGCUGACCAUGUCCACCAUCAUCACAGGCGUGAACGCCUCCAUGCCCCGAGUGUCCUACAUCAAAGCCGUGGACAUCUACCUCUGGGUCAGCUUUGUGUUCGUGUUCCUCUCGGUGCUGGAGUACGCGGCUGUCAACUACCUGACCACAGUGCAGGAGCGGAAGGAACGGAAGUUUCGAGAGAAGAUCUCCUGCACCUGCGGACUGCCCCAGCCCCGAGCAGUGAUGCUGGACGGCAGCUACAGUGACGGGGAGGUGAAUGACCUGGGGGGCUACAUGCCUGAGAAUGGAGAGAAGCCUGACAGGAUGAUGGUGCAGCUGACCCUGGCCUCUGAGAGGGGCUCUCCCCAGAGGAAAAGCCAGAGAGGCAGCUACGUGAGCAUGAGGAUCAACACGCACGCCAUUGAUAAAUACUCCAGGAUCAUUUUCCCAGCCGCGUACAUCUUAUUCAAUCUGAUAUACUGGUCAAUUUUCUCUUAGAUGCCUGUGAUUCUGUCAAUCUCACCUCCUUCGUGGUUUGUAUGCACUACAGAAAUUGCUGUAAAAUGAAACAGGAUGGUUGAAAAACUAUCUCGGUACCCACCUGGGUUUUCACUGUCUCUUCUUCAGCUGUCCAAAGAUGCACUGACAAGACACCUUUUUUUUUUUUUUUUGCAUUUAUUAUUUUGCAGUCAGCAUUAUACAAGGUGUUGCAGGAAUUUGUCAUGAUAGCCACUGAUAUUAGCUGUCCCCAGGUCCCAGGAAGAGCACAGAGGCCACAUGUGGACAUGCUGCAAUUCAGUGCUGGGGUCCUGGAUGCUUUUCACAGGGAGGGCUUCCUUCAUGGGUGGCACUGUGUUCUUUAGGCUAUGUAGAACUGGGGAGUGCCUGAAUAAAACUUAUUUGCAUGGAGCCCACAUGCACACGAACCCCUUCUGAUGAAAGGCCCUACUUCAGUCUGUCCUUGUGCCUGUUCUGUAUCCCUCAUAGUUAAUGAAAGGUAAUGAUGCUCAUGUUCCAGUCUCUCCCUCCAUCCACUCUGCAUCCUCCACAGUUAAUGAAAGGCAGUGAUGCUCAGGACCUCUCUAACAAAGCUGUAGAUAUUUCCCCUUAUAAGACAUGUUCUUUAGACUGUUGACUUUUCCCUGGUAAAGAAACUUGGAAGAUAGAGGUGUGUGUGUGUGUGUGUGUGCAUUUUGUCUGUUUUUGGAGUGGAGUAAUCUAGAGAACUGUGUUCCUUUUCCUGUUUUCUAGUCACUGUUUUGUGCCUCUCUACCAUGGAGCAGGUGUUUCUUCAAAAUAAAGUGUUUUCUCAGUAGCAUGAUAUCACUGAGGAA